UCCUCCUCUGCCGCCGCCGCCGUCGUCUGCUGCUCCUCCUCACUGCCUCUCUCCCACCUGGACGGUUCACUUCACCCGGCGGGGAGCUCGAGCUCGGGACCGACCGGCCGGUGCCGGAGGGUAACGGUCCAGAGGAGCGCGCGCGCGCGCGGCUGUUUAAAGAGGAACCGUGACACAGCGGAAUCCAAACACGACCCCUGUCAGCCCGCGCGCGACCCCCUCCUCCCUCCCUCACCCACUCACUCACUCAGAAUAUGGCCGAAGAGAAAUCACAAGCUUCCUCCAAAUUUCCAUUUCCAUACAAGCCCUAUACCAUUCAGGAGCAGUUUAUGACUGCACUGUAUGAUGUGCUUGAAGCAGGGAAGAUUGGUAUAUUUGAGAGUCCCACUGGAACGGGAAAGUCACUCAGUCUCAUCUGUGGAGCUCUCACUUGGCUCAGGGACUUUGAAGAGAAGAAAAAACUGGAAGCUGCUCAGCUUCUAGCAGACCGAGUGCCACAACAAGGGCUAUCCAAGGAUCUGCAAAAUUCCUCGGUUUCUAGCUCUGACAAAUUGGAAGCCAAAGCUUCUGGGGGUGAAUUGGACUGGAUCACAGAAUUUGUGCAGAAGAAAGCUGAACGUGAUCUUGUUGAUAAGUUAAAGGAUGAUGAAUUAAAGAGAAAGAAAAGAGAGGAGCGACUGGAACAGAUCCGGAACAAUGUGCAGCUGAAGUACGCUUCUAAACGCAAGAGAGCUGACGAUGACACUGAACAUCUUAUUCGGAUGAGUAAAGAGGUGCUGGCGUCUGACCAGUCAACAGCGACAGAGCCUUUAGACAAGGAGGAGGAGAGCUUUAUUCUUGCAGAAUAUGAAAGUGAUGAUGAAAAGAAACCAAAGGAUUCUGGCCUGUCCGAUGAUGACGAUGAUGUGGAGGAAGAAUAUGUGACAAAGAUUUAUUAUUGCAGUCGCACACACUCUCAGCUUGCUCAGUUUGUGCAUGAGGUUCAGAAAAGUCCAUUUGGCAAGGAGAUCAGGAUGGUGUCACUUGGUUCUAGGCAGAACCUUUGUGUGAAUGAUGAGGUGCGACACCUGAAGUCAGCUCAGCAAAUUAAUGAUCGGUGUCUGGAAAUGCAGAGGAACAAGCGUGCUGUUAAGAAGCAGAGUGAGGAAGAUGAAGAGACACCAAAACGGAAGCGUGAGAGUCGAGCCGUCUGUCCGUUUUACACCUAUGAGCAGAUGCAAUUUUUGCGGGAUGAGGUCCUUGUUGAAGUGAAGGAUAUUGAGCAGCUGGUAUCUCUGGGAAAGGAAAUUAAGGCAUGUCCAUAUUAUGGGAGCCGCUUCGCCAUUCCCCCAGCACAGCUGGUGGUGAUGCCUUAUCAGAUGCUGCUCCACAGUUCCACCAGGCGUGCCUCUGGGAUCAAACUGAAAGACCAAAUCGUAGUGAUUGAUGAAGCUCACAAUUUAAUUGAUACCAUCAGUUGCAUUUAUAGCUGUGAGGUAACUGGAACACAGUUGUGCUGCGCUCACUCCCAGCUUUCCCAGUAUAUGGAACGGUACAGGACCAGGCUGAAAGCAAAAAACCUGAUGUACAUCAAACAGAUCCUUUACAUCCUUGUUCAUUUAAUUAGAAUCUUAGGAGGAAAAGUUGGACAGAAUCCUAACACUCAGACGGUUUCACAGGGAGGCACUGAACUUCAAUCCAUCAAUGAUUUCUUGUUUCGAACUCAAUUUGACAACAUCAAUCUCUUCAAAGUGCAACAUUACUAUGAGAAAAGCAUGCUCAGUCAAAAGUUGUUUGGCUUUGUGGAGAAGUACCAGGUCGCAGCUGUCAAGCCAGUCGACAAAGAGAAUGAAAAGAAACCUAAGACAGCUGCUCUGGACAAUUUUCUUCAAUCGCUCAAUCAGAAAGCUAGUGGGCAAGUGACACCCCAAACGCAGGGGGAGGCGAUGGAGAAUGAACAGCCUGCCAUGGCUUCACCGAUGAUGAAGGUUGAGGGGUUUAUUUUUGCUCUGACAAAUGCAAACAAGGAUGGACGUGUGCUUAUUCAAAGGCAAGGUACAGUGGCUCAUAGCAGCCUAAAGUUCCUCUUGCUGAAUCCAGCAGUCUAUUUUGCUGAAAUUGUGAAAGAAUGCCGAGCCAUUGUCGUUGCGGGAGGCACCAUGCAACCGGUGGCAGAGUUCAAGGACCAGCUGUUGUUAGCAUCGGGUAUCUCUGCAGACAGAAUCUCAGAAUUUACAUGUGGUCAUGUGAUUCCACCAGAAAAUAUCUUGCCCUUAAUCCUGUGCAAUGGUCCAUCCGGGCACCAGCUUGAAUUCACCUACCAGAAGAGGGACAAGCCACUGCUGAUGGAUGAAACUGCCCGGAUCGUGUCCAAUCUCUGCAAUGUGGUUCCUGGUGGGAUUGUGUGUUUCUUUCCCUCGUAUGAGUAUGAAAAGCAGGUGUAUGCACAUUGGGAGAAGACUGGUGUAUUGGCACAGCUAGAAACAAAAAAGAAGAUUUUCCAGGAGCCUAAAAAAGCCAGCCAAGUAGAUCAAGUGCUUUCUGAAUAUUCCCGCUGUAUCCAGCAAUCUAAACUGUCAGCUGGAGACAUCACAGGGGCUCUGCUCUUCUCUGUGGUCGGAGGAAAGAUGAGUGAGGGCAUUAAUUUCUCGGAUGACCUCGGCAGAUGUGUAGUAAUGGUUGGAAUGCCGUUUCCUAAUAUCAACUCACCAGAACUGAAAGAGAGGAUGGCUUACGUGGAUAAAACCAUGAUGAAAACAGAAGGAAGGAGUCCAGGAAAGAUUCUGGUGGAAAAUUUGUGCAUGAAAGCUGUCAACCAAUCUAUAGGACGGGUAAUUCGCCAUCGUGAAGAUUAUGCGAGUAUUGUGCUUUUGGAUCACCGCUAUUCCAGGCCCUCUAUUCUGAGCAAGCUGCCUGCAUGGAUUAGGGGGAGAACAGAGAGUAAAGCUUCAUUUGGUUCGGCCUUUGGAGCUGUUUCCAAGUUUUUCAGAGAGAUGAAAUCAUGUGAAAAGAGUACUGUAGAUGGGUAGAAGACCUAUGAGUGGACAAAGUGGAACAGAAGAAUGGAAAAAAAUGAAGUAAUGAUUUUAUUGGAAGAUGCAUGAUGUAAUAAAGAUUAUGAAAGUCUGUUGUUUUAUUUAUUGACCUUCCAUUCUUUCUUUUCACUUGCAUCUUCCAUGCUGUUCACUUGCUCUUCCUGCUUGCUUUCAUUCCUGUGCUCGCCUCCCAAUUGCUCACUCUUUGCAGGUAAUUCCCUUGCUCAUUUCCUCACUCUUGCUCUCUGCAGAAUUCAAGUCUGUAAUGUGUUAAGGAUCGUUGAUGUAAUAGGUGAGGCUACUUAAGGCUGAAGGAUAUUGGCUUUUAAUAUCACGUUACUGAAUCUUGCUAGCAUCCAAUAAUUGAUUGUGCACAAUUUACAUUGAUAUAUCUAUUACUUAAAUAAUAACUAUGAUUAUAAGUAGAUCAUUAUAUUAAAGACUGGAUCAGGAUAACAAUACGAUCACUCAAGCACAAAAGCCAUUUCUGAUUAUUUUCUGUGGAAAGUAAUAAUUUUAGGAGUGCUUUUGGUUACUAACUUUGAUAGAGGUAAUUUUGCUUUGUCAGAACAUCGGAAAUGUGCAUUUGGAGACAAACCUGGCAGAGUAGUAUUUAAUCUGACUUUGUAUUUUGUGAAAUUUAUGAUGUUUAGUCUGAUACCACAUGUUUCUGUACUGUAAUUUUGCUUGUAAUCUUAAGGUAAUUACAAUAUGAACUGAUUUGAUAGCCACGUAUAUUGAAAAUCUUGCUCAUGAUGAUUUCAUAACUUUGUCUUAGCAUUUGUCUUGUCCAUGAUAAUAUUUUAGUAAAAUCUAUAGUGUGAGCAUUUGAAUUCAGUCAGAUGAAAUUCAUUAAUAUGUAUUCAGUUCCAAAUUUAGGAUUUCUAAAUCUGACAGUUUUUUUUAAAAUGCCGAAUUUCUAAAUCAACUGAAAUAGUUGAAUUGGUAAAAUCUGUGCAGGUGCAAAUGAAGCCAGUUUGCAUUUAGAAAGCAUUUGAUGGCUGAUCACAGAUUCAGUCAGUUAUAUUUUCAUGUGAUGUGUUUUUUGAUAGGUAUGGUAUGUUACUUAAGACUUAAUAGGGUCCAUAAUAUAGCCAGAAAAUGUCUUCUAUGUUAAGAUUCUAUUGCACAGUGUGAUGCUACUGUACUUGUUUUUGGGUGAAAUCAGAAACAAGCAUGUUAUUGCUUCACUGAAACAUGUUGGUAGAAAGUUGCUAAACAGUGUGGUAAAGAAAAAAAUGUAAUGAUGUGACAACUUAAUUUAGUACAAUUUGUCUAUGACUGCAACAGCUUGUUUUAAAAUCGUUGCAUUUUGUAAUACAUAUUUCAAUGUUGUGCAAUCAUGCCCAUUUUUCUGGGAAAUUCACAUUACUCUGCUAGUGGUGCAGCCUGGCAUUCUCUAGCUACUCUGCUACAUCGACUUGAAAAACAAAUGAAUAAGACAGAAGCAAAUAAUUAAUAUUUGCUUUGCUUAAAAUCUGACUGGUAGAUAGAUGAUCAGGCGACAUAAGUUGUAUUGAUAGUUCUUAAAUUUUGCAGUGGCUAUAUUGCACUCAAUUUAUCGGUCUCUUGACUCCAGAUUUUCUUUUGCAUACAUUGAGUGUAAGGCGACACCAAUUGAAUACUGUGAAAUAAAGUCAAGAAAUGGUUUAACUGUG